AGUUAAAGAACCCGGAAAAACAUAUUCUCCUGUCCUUAGAUCAUCUUAAAUAAAAAGCUCUUUCUGUCAGAGUAACACAAAGUAAAGAAAUACGAAGUUAGAGCUUUGUAAUUGCCUUUAGCUAUGCCCACGUCUCCAGUAAAAACCCGAAUUCCUCUCACAAGCUUCGGACAUCUUGUGACAGAAGUGAAGAGGCAGCUGUUUAGGAUUGAGCCCCCCACAUCACUGGAGUUCACUGGCUGGAGGAAGUAUUUCAACAGCUACACACCACAGGGACGACGGAAUUGUGUCUUGGCCACUUAUGGCAUCUUGGUUGCCACGGCAGCUGUCUUCAUGAUGCAUAAGCGAAACAAACAAGAAAAAAUUACAUCUAGCCCUACAGUCUGAAGAAGGAAGAUGUUUUGGUUUGAAGAAGGCAUAUCACCAAACAUAGAUAUAACAUGGAUACAUGCAUACAAUACAGUAAUCAUAACAAAUCUGUUAUAAUGAGUUUUCUGUGACUGUUGUUGUCUAUACAGUAUUUGCAAAAGUUUGCAAAGGUUGGUCAGGUAUUGGUCAGUAAAUAGUUUCACUACUAGAUGUCCCUAUUCAUAUUAUGAAGAAGCUGUCUAAAGUAUUCACUCCUAAAAUGUUUGUGUAAUUGGCAAAAUUCUGUUUUCUUUUGUGAGGGAACCUGGAAUCUGGAUGACUUAGAAAUUACUCAGACAUCUUUAUGCAGGAUACGUAAUUUGAUUUUCAUGUUAGAUUUUUGCUCAAAACGAAAGUCCUUGAACUAGAUGUCUGGUAGUCAUGUGGCAAACUUUACUUAACCACAUCUAAGCAUGUGUGUCAAGCCACAGGUAGAUGUAAACAAAGUAACCAAGUUUAGGGAGUUCAAUUCUCAUGCAGUUGCCAGUUGGAUUGCCAGUUUCUAAGAUGAGAUCCAGUUGUUUAAUCCUAAAAGGACUUUCUCUGAUCUGAAUCGUCACUACUGAAGCAUCUACAGCCAAUCACAGUAAUGGGAAGAAUUCUUUGAAAAUGUAUUUAGUUCAAUUACAGAUUCAGAAGGUCUGCAGAAUACUAAAUACCUUACCUGCAUUAAAAUGUAUUUUGUAACAUUCUGUUAUAUGUGUUAUUCAGAGUACUGUAUUCUGAAUACAGUACUCUGCAUCAUAUUAUAGUGUAAAAAACAAAAUAUAUUUACAAACAGCUUG